AGAACGGGGAAAUAAAAGGUAGCUGAGCUAACCAAACCUUAGCUUUCUUUAAAUUUACACCCCUCUUGAAGAUUUUGUUAGAGCAAGAAAAGAAGAAAAUAAGAAGACGGAGGAGAGAAAUUCAAAGAUUGUGGUUUGUCCAUAAACCUCGGCGUCUUGGCUUGGUAGAAAUUCAUUGGUAGGCAGACGCAACAGAACAGGAGAAGCAAACACAAAAAUACUCUGUUAGUUUAUAAUAAUAAUAAUAAUAAUAAAAUGGAUAGUAUAUGCUUAAAAACAGCUGGGAUUCAUGGGAUAGCGUCAACCAUAUCAACCGUGAGUGGAUCCCAGGUGGAGGCGCGUUCAAUUACGAACGCAUCUCAGCUGAGUGCGGUUGCGAGGGAUAAAUCGACGGCGCCUCAGAAAACGGCGUCGCCAACGUUCUCUUUUAGUCUUAGACGCCCUUGGCAAUCUCUGUGGUCUGGAGGAGGUAAGAGUACCAGGUACAAUGGGAUGGCUUCAGACGAUGCCGUGUUGGUGGAGAAUGGGGUGGAGGGCGAGAGCGAAACAAUGGGAUCGAGUGAAGGGGAAAAUGGGAACUGGGUUUUGAAGAUUUUGCAAGUGAAAUCACUUUGGGAAGAUGAGAGAAAAGGAAGCUUUGAUGUUGUUAAUGAAGAGGUAAGGAAAGAAGGUGAUGCUGCUUUGGUGAAUGAUGAAGAAGAGGAGUGUGAUGUGUGUAGAGUUGGAGACGAUGAUGAUGAAGAAGAAGAAGGAGAGAAAGAGAUUGAAUUUGAUAGAGAUUCGUUUUCGAGUUUGUUAAGGAGGGCCUCGUUAGCUGAAGCCAAAAUGUAUGAGAAAAUGUCUUAUUUGGGCAACUUGGCUUAUUGCAUUCCUGAUAUCAAGCCAGAAAGUCUCUUGAAACGCCGUGGUCUCUUCUUUGUGACUUCAUCAAUAGAGAGAAGGGAAAUGGCCAUGAGAACUGAGAAAAAUCAUGUGCCACCUGAAGAUGAAGAAGCAGAAAGCACGAUUGCAAAGGAUGAGCUGGAAGGCAAUGAACAGGAGAAUGCUGGGAAUCGCAUAAGUGCCUCAUCUGCAUAUCAGAUAGCUGCCUCUGCUGCUUCUUAUUUGCACUCACAUACAAAGAGCAUACUUCCUUUAAAAUCCUCAAAAGCUGAUACUAGUGAGGAUUCUUAUCAAGGAGGCAAUAAAACCAUUGGGCCCAUUAACACAAUGAACCCAGAUGUGGCAUCUUUUAUGGCAACCACUGACUCAAUGACAGCUGUGGUUGCUGCGAAGGAGGAAGUGAAGCAGGCUGUUGCAGAUGAUUUGAGCUCGACACGUUCAUCACCAUGUGAAUGGUUUAUAUGUGAUGAUGAUCGGGGUACAAGAUUCUUUGCGAUUCAGGGAUCCGAGACACUAGCAUCUUGGCAAGCAAAUUUACUGUUUGAGCCAGUCCUGUUUGAGGGAUUGGAUGUGCUUGUGCAUCGAGGUAUUUACGAGGCUGCAAAAGGAAUGUAUGAACAGAUGUUACCCGAAGUUCGUGCCCAUCUAAAAUCUCAUGGCAGGGGCGCUACCUUUCGUUUCACAGGGCAUUCUCUUGGAGGAAGCUUGUCGCUACUCCUAAAUCUCAUGCUGAAGAUAAGAGGUGAAGUGCCAGCCUCUUCCUUGCUUCCUGUUAUAACAUUUGGUGCACCCUCCAUCAUGUGUGGAGGUGACCGUCUUCUUCGGAAGCUUGGCUUGCCACGUAGCCAUGUUCAAGCAAUUAUGAUGCAUAGAGACAUUGUGCCUCGAGCCUUCUCUUGCAAUUAUCCUAAUCAUGUAGCAGAACUUUUGAAGGCUGUUAAUGCAAACUUCCGGAAUCAUCCUUGUCUCAAUAACCAGAAACUACUGUACGCUCCAAUGGGGGAGCUUCUCAUUCUGCAGCCGGAUGAGAAAUUCUCACCUCACCAUCAUCUUCUUCCAUCAGGUAGUGGUUUAUAUUUUUUGAACUGUCCACCGUCUGACACCAGUGAUGCAGAGAAGCAGCUCCGCUCUGCACAGAUUGUGUUCUUAAACUCUCCGCAUCCUCUUGAGAUCCUAAGAGACCGCUCUGCAUAUGGUUCUGAAGGAACCAUCCAAAGGGAUCAUGACAUGAAUUCUUACUUUAAAUCUGUCAGGAAUGUGAUUCGCCAAGAGCUAAACCGCAUCAGAAAAGCCAGGAGACAGCAUCGCCGCAAAUUCUGGCUUUCCAUCGUGGCACCGCAUGGCAAUGAUGCCAGUAUCCUUGUAGGUAGGCCUGUGGGAUUUAUGAACAUGGGCCAAAACCAAUUCAACUUCUCAGGGAUCUUGCAGACUGGGAGAGAGUCCUUGAAACGGUUCAGUAGGCUCGUUGCAUCACAACACAUGCAUUUGCUUGUGGUUCUCAUGUGUCCUGCUCGAGUGUUGCUCUUCGGGGCAUACAGUACCAUCAAUUACCAUUGAAUAGCCUUGUUGUCUUAGGCACAUUCUGUCUCGUUGGUGGAAUAUUGUACAGUUGCUGGCACAUGGCAGGUAAGACCAUUAGAUUAUUCUUUAUUCAUUGCUUCCACCCAAAAAAAAAAUUAAAUGAUUCAAGUUUUCUUGGCCCUUUAUCGAAAUAUUUAUGUAGAGUCGAACUACAAUUGAAUAUUGAUCAAUACAAAAGAAUUACAGUUUGAGUUCAGUCAUGAACUCACAAA